AUCUCGCUGAGUAGCAUCGCUCAGGACAUGGUAGCUGUCCACAUGCUUAAGCUCUACGAGAAGUACAACCGGGAGGGGAGCCGGCCCGGCCACGGUAACACGGUCCGCAGCUUCAAAGGCAGGCCAGAAUUCUUGUCACAGAAGCCCCUGUACUGCUUCAAUCUAACAUCCAUGCAGGAUUCAGAGAUGGUUCUUGCUGCCACUUUUCACUUCUAUGCCGACAAACAUCCUCGGCACCGGGAAGUGCUUUGUAAGCGAUCCAAGAACUCAUCGUGCCGCCUCCUACACCUGCCUCCCAUCCUGCGGCUCAACCUCAUCUUCCGAAGCAUCCCUCAGAAUUCUGCCUAUGGACAACUGAAAGGGAACAUCAGUGUAUUUCUUCAAAGGCGAGGGGCUUGGCAUGCCAAGGACAUUUCACAUAUCAUAAAAGAAUCGAAACGAUCUGCAGAGCUUAUCCUCUGUGCUGAGCUUGAUUCUGGGGAGAAACACCGAGGCUUCCCUGAACAGGUCACCAGUCAUUUGCCUUACAUACUGGUUUAUGCCAAUGACCUUGCGAUCUCUGAACCUAACAGUGUGGCUGUCACCCUACAGCGUUACGACCCAUUCCCUUCCAGUGAUGGGGAUCGAAGUGUGUCACCUAAUGCUUCUGCUGAUACUCGAGUGAGAAGGGAUACUUACCUUUCUAGUUCUAUUCAGAACAAUGAAUUGCCAGAGGUAGAGUAUAACAAUAAAUAUGAUAAGCAUGACAUAUGGGAGAAUGCCUACAAGUCCUUGAAGCCAAAAGCCUCUCGUAAAGACCGAAGGAGAAAAGGGCAAGAAAAUGCAGAAAUGCUUGCAAAGUCUCAGGUGCUAAACUUUGAUGAGAAAACAAUGAAGAAAGCAAGGCGAAAACAAUGGAAUGAGCCUAGGAUUUGCUCAAGAAGAUACAUGAAAGUUGACUUUGCUGAUAUUGGCUGGAAUGAAUGGAUCAUAUCUCCCAAAUCAUUUGAUGCCUACUACUGUGCAGGGACAUGUGAAUUUCCAAUGCCCAAGGUUGUCAGACCAUCAAAUCACGCUACAAUCCAGAGCAUCGUGAAAGCAGUGGGAAUCAUUCCUGGCAUCCCAGAGCCCUGCUGUGUUCCUGACAAAAUGAGCUCACUCAGUGUCUUGUUCUUAGAUGAGAACAAAAAUGUUGUUUUGAAGGUAUACCCCAAUAUGUCAGUUGAAACUUGUGCCUGCCGAUAAGUUCAUACGAAUACAUCUUCAACAACACCUACAGAUCCUGCCUGACUGCACUGGGAAGUUGUGAACAGGAAAUUAAUCCUCUUGAGUUGACAAAUGAAUGCAAGCCUACAAUUCUUCUGCAGGAGGCAUGUAGAGAGAUGAGAAUGAUACAUGUGCCCACCUGAAAGGAUAUGCCUUAGUGCCAUCAUUUGACUUGUACAUUCACCUUCUAGGCAUUCAAUACUUUUACAAAUGUCUUCCUAACCCACCUAUCCAAGACACAUUGGUAUUUAGUGAGAAAAUUAUAUGUAAAGUUUUCCAUAAUCAAAAGACUAAAACAUGUUUUUAUAUGCUAUUUUUACUAUUUUUAUCUCUUCAAUUAAUUAAGAAGAUGGGAAGUGAACUUGCAAAGAAUGGCUUAUAUUAGGAUAUCACUUCUGUACACAAAAUGUUUUGCCUAAAACACUCAUAAUCUGCAUAUUUAUACUGAAAAACAUGCUGUAAUAAAGGGCUUAAUAUGUAUAUUUUUUUCAGGAAGCAAGUAUAUUACACUGUCAGAGAAUCAUACAAUCAUGGAAUUGUUUGAGUUGGAUGGGACCCUUAAAGGUCAUCUGGACCUUUAUGAUGCAAUGCAUAUAUGCAAUGAACAGGGACUCCUACAGCUCCAUCAUGCUGCUCAGAGUCCCACCCUUGAAUGUGUCCAGGGAUAGAGUAUCCACCACCUCUCUGGGCAAACUUUUCCAGUGCCUCACAACUCCAAUUGUAAAAAAAACUUCUUCCUUCUACCCAAUCUACAUCCCUCUCUUUUAGUUUGAAUCCAUUUUCACUUGUCCUAUUACAAAACACUCUCCUAAAGAUGCUGUCCCCUUCUUUUCUUCUAGCCCUCUCAAGAUACUGAAAGGCCACUAACAGGUAUCCCUUGAGCUUCCUUUUCUCUGGGCAGAACACUGAGAUACCGCUGGCUUUCUGGACUGCAGGUGCACAUUGAGGGCUGAUGUCCAGCUUACCACCCACUAGUAUACCCAGGUCUGUGCCCUAUACUUAUAUCUCCCAGGUUUUACAGCAGGGGUUGCCACGACCCAGGUGCAAGGCCUUGCACUUGGAAUAAGUCCAGUAAUAAACCUUGCACUACAUAGGCUUUCACAUACACCGUAUGCUAAUACUGACAUUUUGGUUACCCUGUAUUAAUAUAUAAUUUGUUCUACAAAAGACAUAAUGUAACACCCCACACUUUUUAUUUGCUGGAUGACUUUAGGCUGUUAAACAUGUGCUCUGAGUAACACAUACUAUAUAUUAAUAUGUUGAAAUACUAAAAAAAAAAUAACCAAGAUUUAUAUUUUUGUAAAUUAUAUUCUCUAGAUUGUUACAUGCUUUUAACAAAAGCUAAUAAAUUAAAGGAACAGUAGUAUCUAAAAAUAGUAGAAUUGUCAUUCUAUAAAUCUUCUCUGUUACAUUCAGUAGUUUUUUUGCAUCGUGUAUUAUGGAGCUUUUGUUUUUUAAGCUUGGAAAUAUUGAAAAACAUGCAUAAAUUUGGCUUAAACAACUUCAAGUGGUAAUCUAUCUCUACUGGAUAGUAGUUGUUUCAAAAGUUUUGUUCUUUGUGGCUUAAUUGGAGGUUGAAUUUAUUGAACUUUAGCUUCAAUCCAUUGGAUUUUACUGUAACCUAUUUUUAUUAGAUCUCUUUUGUCUAUUAUCCCAAAUAUAUUCACUGUGUAUUUUUAGUAUAGAGAGCAGGGUCAAAUUACGUUUUGGCUAGGAUUUAAAUAGGUACUUUGAUUUCUUAUUAUUCUAAGCCUCAAAACAAUUUCUCAUAGCUCUUUUCUGAAGUCUUUCCAGAACUUUCAUUAAAUUCUUUUUCCAGCAAUGAACUUCAACAUGGGACACAAUAUUUGGCAGCUGUUCCAUUAAAAGUCUUAACAGAAAUAACUCUACUUCCCUCUAAUUCUCUUGCAAUCCUCUGUUGAUACAUUCUGCAACUGCAACACUCUUCUAACAACUGAUGUUUCAUUACU